AUGUGCCUUCUUUUAGAAAAUCUUCGAAAAAAUAAAAUUAAAACUUGGAUGCUUACUGGAUAAUAAUAUACAAAAGCAUUACCUACUGCUUAUUAAUGCGAAUUAUUAUAGGUAGAUAAAAAACUUGAAAAUAUAUUUUUUGAUAGUACAGAUUAUGAUGAUUUAAAACUUUUAAUUAAAAGAAAUUUAGAGAAGCUUUAGAUUUAGUUUAUAGGUUUAUUAUUAUAUUAAUUAUUACUUUAACACUUUUUUUUUUUAGGUGUUGAAAAUAACAAAUAUUCUGCUUUUUCAACUAUAAAAAAUCAUGAAUAUUAAAGGAGAAAAUCCAGGAUAAUUAAUUUAGAUAAUGAUUUAGAAUCUCAGAUUUAAUUUCAAAUUAUAAUUAAAGGAGAUACUUUAGAUUUAAUUUUGAAGGAUCCUAUUUAUUUAAGAAGUCACUUUUUAUUUUUAUCUCAUUUUUGCAAAUUUCUUGUUGCAUAUGAAAUAAGUUCCUCUACUAAGUAACUACUUAUUAAUUUAUUAUAGAUUUAGAAUACUAAUAAUAAGUUUUUAUCUAUUUCAAAUGAUAUAUCACUUUCAAACUAAGUUGAUUUUUCUAUUAUGGUUUAGAAUUAAUAUAAUUAAUGUUUUGGUGAUGUUUCUAUUAGAAAUUUUAAGGAUAUAUAUAAGCUUAUUUUUAUUCAUAGUAGACGAUAAGCUGAUUUUAUAAGUAUUUUGAUUAAUUUAUAAAUUUAUAGAUAAUUUUUUCUAUACUUAUAUUCCUUUCUUAAUAUUUAAUAUAAUUGCUUGGAAGGAUAUUCUUUUCUUUAACCUGUUGAAAUCUUCAUUUAUAAUUUUUUUAUUAACUUUUUUUCUAUGAUACCUAUAUUUAAUUAUUAUUUCAAUCCUAAAGUCCCUAAUGAUAUAGUUAUUGACGAAAAUAACAUUUUAUUUAAUAUUUAGAAACAGUACUUAACUUCAAAGUAGUUCUGGAUUAAAACUUAAAUUUUUACUUAUUUUAAAAUCUUUUCAGUUUCUUUAAUUUAAUCUUUAGUUCUUUUUUUGGUUUCAUCUUUUGUUUUUUAGGUUUAAUCUAUUUAAGGAAAAAAUAUAGGAUAUUAAACAAUAGGCAUAUUAACAUAUUUAUAAUAAUUAUUUAUAAUUCAGUGCUAGAUAGCUAAAUUUAUACCUUCUAAUUCACUGAUUAAUAUAAUAUAUUAAAUAUUCUUAUUUUUUAUUUAUAGUUUCAUUUAUAUUUUUGUUUUAGAAAAAAAUAAUAAUAUAAAAGCAUUUGGGGAAAUAAUAGAGUUUUUCAGUGUGUUUUAUACCAACUUGGUGUUUUUUUCAUUUCUGAUUUUGAAUGUCUUUAUUUUUGAUAUUUUUGAUUUUGUAAUUUAUUUAAUUCCUAUAACAUUGAAUAUUUCUAUUGUAAAAAUAAGAAAAAUAUUUGAAUGGUAUUAAAAUAAGUAUUCAAUUUUAAAUCGUUUAAAAUUAUUUGAUUAAAUAAGAAAAAAUUAGAAAAAUAAUUAUCAUUUAAGUCUAGUUAAUAUAAUAAGAUAAUAUUUUAAAGGAAAUAGCGAGAUAGAUGAGUUAAUUUAAUAAAGUAAUUUUUAAAUUAAAAAAAAUAUAAUUUUUAAUCAAAAAGUGGUCAAUAUUAACUUAGAUAAUGUUUCUUCGGAAAUGAAUGCCAUUUCACUUACUUUUAUAAAUAAAGACUUAGAAAAUAAAUAUAUUAGAGUUAGCAUUUAGAAUUGGCUAUAUUUUGGUAGAUUUAUAAGCAUUUUCUAAUUUUUAACUAUAGAUUUUUUUUUUUUACUAAUAUUUCUACUUGGACAAUUUCAAUUACAAAUAGACAAUUAUUUAGUAUAUUAUAAUAUUAUAAAAUAUUUAUUUAUAUUAUUUAAUUAUAAAGAUAUUAAUUCUAAUUUUAACAACAUUAAUUUUUAUUUAAGUUUUAUUAAUUUAUUCUUGAUGCGAGUUAUUUAUUUUAUUCUAAUUUUAAAAGUUAUAGAAUUAUAUGAAAGUUUUAUUAAUUUUGCAAAUUUUGUGUAUAUCUUAUACUUUAUGCUUUAAAUUAGAGUAGAUAUUUAGAUUUUUAUUUAUUUUUCUUUAGCUAUUUAUAAUUGUAUAAAUUUCACAUAUACUCUUUUAAAUGAUAAUAAUUAUAUUUAAAUAAAUAUACAAUAUAAAGUAUACUACAUUAUAAAUACAAUAUCAUUCGUUUUUUUGAACAUGAUUUUUAUUUCUAUUUAUAAAUACAGACAUUCCUAAUUUGAUAGGUUAUAAUAUUUAUCUGAAAAUAAAAUAUAAUUAGAAAUGAAAAAGUUUUCAGAUGUUCUUUCUAUAUUAUUACCUAAAUUUAUCCGUGAAUAAAUUUCAAGCGAAUAAUCUUGUAGUAUAAAAAUUGAAAAUCAAAUAGCCAUUAUAUUUUGCGAUAUUUAUAAUUUCGAUGAAAUUAUUGCUAAGUAAAAUGUUGAAGUAGUUAAAUUAUUAGAUAAUCUUUUCCGUGCAUUUGACAUACUAUGUACUCAUAAUAAUAUUCAAAAAAUAGAAACCGUUGGUAAGACCUAUAUGGCUUGUGCAGGAAUUUAGUAAAGUAACCAUUAAUAAGUUAGUGAAGGAAGAUAUGAUGAAACUAAUGCAGUUAGAUGUGCAAUAAAUUUUGGAUUUCAAAUAUUAGAAUAUACUAAUGCACUUACAUUUGGUGAUGAAGGUUAAAAAAUUAUUUUUAAAAUAGGAAUUCAUUUUGGUUAAGUUAUUGCAGGAGUUAUAGGCUAUCAUAAACCUUAAUUUUCACUUAUUGGAGAUACUGUUAACACUUCUAGUAGAAUUUGUAUUACUUCUGAACCAGGUGUUUUAACUUUAUCAGAAGAUGCUUAAUAGUAAGUUUAAUUUAAUAAAGAUUUAAGUUUUAUUUAAAAAAAUGUUGAAGCAAAAGGAAAAGGUUUUUUAAUUACUUUCUAAGUUUUCUAAAAAAAAGCUUAUCCAAUAAAGAAAAAAGAAAAGUCUUUAUUUUAUUGUUAAAAUCGUAUUAAAGAAUAAAAUGAUUCAUAAUCUAUAUUAUAUAAUAUUUUAGAUAUCAAAGAAUAAAAAAUCAUUAAAAAUAAUAAGCCAGAAUAAUUUUUAUUUAAUAAUAAUUCAAAUAAAUAAUAAAAAACAAUUAUAUUAAAUAAUCAAAAAAAUGAAGAAAUAUCAAAAAAAUUAAAUAAAAAUAAAUUUAAAAUUUUUAAAACUAAUUAUUCACAUAAAAUAAUUCAAAAGACAAAUCCAUUUAAUCAUAUUUAAGAAAGUGUUAAUAUUCUAAAUAAUUAAAAAGAUACACUUGCAAAUGUACUUAACUAUAUAAAAGAUGAUUAAUCAAUUACUUAUAUUGAUAAGAUAUUAGAAAAUAAAAAUACAUUAAAUUAAAUGAACUAAAAAUAAAAUAAAAAUUAUUUGAUAAAAAAUAAUAAAUAAAUGCCUAUUACAUUAAAAAAUAUUGUAGUUAAUGAUAAUAUAAUAAGUAUUCAUGAAACCAAUAAUGCUGAUUCUUUUAAUAGCAUGACAUCAAAAUUUUUUAUUUUUUAGUUUGAAGAUAUAAAAAGAGGAAUUAUUGUUGAAUAAACUAAGAAUUAAGAUGAAGAUAAUUAUAUAAGUAGUGAAUAAUUGAAGUAGUUAUAUAAAGAUUCAUAAAAUAAUUAAUAAAAUGAAUAAAAAAAUAUAGAUUAAUAUAAUUUAGAUUUUAAAAAUUGUUUUUUUUUCAAAACAACAAAACAAAAAUAGGAUUUAGUAAAUGAGUUUUUUAUAAACUAAAUAUAUAAUUUUUAAGCAAAUACAUAAAUAUAAUUAUGGAUAUGGUAUGUAUUUAUGAUUUUUAAGAUAAUAUCUUGUUUAUUUGUGAGUAAAUAGUUAUCAUUUGAAUAUUUUAUAAUUUAGAUAAUAAUUCGUUUCAUUUUUUAAAUGAUUUAUACUAUUUUUGUGCUUAAAUAUAAAUAUAUACUUUAAAAAUAUCCUUUAUUAAAAAUAAAAGUAAUUAUAUAUUGUCUAUAUUUACUUCAAUAUAUUAUAUUUAUUUACGAAACAUCUGGUAUGUAACUAAAAGGAGGAAAAAGCUUUUCUUCUAGUCUAUAAUCUGCAGAAGCUCUUUUUUUUAUUUUUAACAUAUACAUAAUUUAGUUUUUAAGUUUUUAUUGAAAAAGUAAUUCAUUGCUUUAAUUUGAUUUUUAUUGAAUUAUUUAUUUCAUUUCUUAAAAAAGGGUAUUUUCAAUUAUUUACUUUCAUUUUCCUUACAAUUAUUAGUUCCUGUUAUCAUCUCAUUAUGCAUUAUUUAAUUCUAAACUUUCAAAUUAAGCAUUUUAAUAAUUAAAGAAAUUUAGAAUUUAAAAGGCAUUUGUAUAAAAGAUUCCUAGUAAAUCUUUUGCCCUCCCAUAUAAUGGAAUAAUUACUUUAUAGUGACUAGUAAAUAUAACUUACUGAAAAACUUGAAUAAACAACUCUGCUUUUUGCUGAUAUAGCUGGUUUUACUAAAUACUGUUCUGGUUAAGAACCGGAGAAAGUACUUAAUAUGUUAUAAAAUAUAUUUGUGAAAUUCGAUUAAUGUUGCGUGAUACAUAAAGUAUAUAAAAUUUAUACUAUAGGAGAUUGCUAUGUAGUUAUGGGAACUAUAAAUGCAAAAUAAGGAAAUCCGGAAAAUGAAGCAAAAAAUGUUAUUGAUAUGGGCUUUUCAAUGAUAGAACAUAUCUAAGUAUCUUAAAAAUAAGGCUUUCCAGAUAUUGAUAUGCGAAUAGGAAUUCAUACUGGAAAUAUAAUCGGAGGAGUUAUUGGAGCAGAUAUUGUUAGAUAUGAUAUAUAUGGGCCUGAUGUUCUAAUUGCAAAUAAAAUGGAGUCUAAUGGAGAAAAAGGCAGAAUUAUGAUAAGUGAAGAAACUUAUAAACUUAUAAAUGGUAAUGUUAGUGAUUAAUACAUAUUUGAAGAAAGAAAAUAAGGUGUAGAAAUAAAAAUACUUAAUAAGCAUAUUAAAGCAUAUUUUGUUUAAGAAAAAAAAAAGAUUAUAGUGUAUAAGAGGAAGAUGAAUCGCAAAAUUAAUAAAAAAUUCCAUAAUAUAAUUAAAAUAUUUAAAACUAAAUGCUAUUAUAAGAUAUUUAAGAAAAUAUAAAAGAAGAUAUUUGA